AUGGUGAAAACCGCACCCUCCAUUAUCACCAAAGUAUCUACCAUGGCUCGUGAAAUCAAGGACAUCAAGGAAUUCGUCGAAUUGGCCAGAAGAGCUGACAUCAAGUCUGCUACCGUCAAGGUUAACAAGAAGCUCAAUGCUAACGGCAAGAAAUUCAGACAAACCAAGUUCAAGGUUAGAGGUUCCAGAUACCAAUACACCUUGAUUGUCAACGACGCUGCCAAGGCUAAGAAGUUGCAACAAUCCUUGCCUCCUACCUUGGAGAUCAAGAACUUGUAA